AUGAACUUUCCGGCCGUUAAAAGUCUGUCAUCAAUGGAACUGACAAACGCCAUAAAUUUGAAACAAAAAGCAGUGGACUGGGCAAUGCAACAGGGAUUGCUGUCGUCCGGAAUGACAUGCGUUUGUGGAAAAGUUAUGCGUUUGUACAAUUACAAAAAAGCGGCAGACGAACAGAUAUGGCGUUGUACAAACCAUACGGCCUGCAGCAAAACAAAGUCCAUUAGAAAUGGUAGUUUUUAUGAAAAAUGUAAGCUACCAAUGAGCACAUGUAUCAUGAUAAAAAAUAACACGUUGCCUGACUGGUUCAACCUCCAUCGCCAACUCUGUACCGAUUGGGUACGAGACAACCCAAAAAUAAUUGGUGGACCUGGUCGAAUUGUCCAGAUUGAUGAGAGUCUGGUGUCCAGUAACAAAAGGACAAGGAAUGGAAAGGCCAGGCCAUUUCGGCAACGUUGGGUUUUUGGCGGCAUAGAUAAUGUUUCCAAAGAAGUCUUCUUAGAAGAGGUGGCUCAACGUGAUGCGGCCACUUUGCUGCCCAUAAUACAACGGCAUGUUUUGCCCGGCACGACAAUAUGGUCUGACAAGUGGGCCGCUUAUGCGAACAUUCCCAGAGUUACGGGACUGGCACACGACACUGUCAAUCAUCGAUAUGGUUUUGUUGCUCCAAAUGGAGUGCAUACUAAUGCCAUUGAGAAUCUUUGGAACAUCAACAAUAACAACAACAACAGUGCCAACACUGUAGAUACCAACGCCACAACCCACAGCGCAAAUAUCACUUGCAAAUGGAACAUCAUCACAAGAAGCAAGAAGAACCACAGCGAUGGUAAUAAUAAUAAUAACGUUAAUAAUAAUAAUAAUAAUGUUUUUAAAUAUUGUAAAAAUAAUAUUAAUAAUAUGUAG